GGUGCCAUUCGUGUGGGCCUGGGAGAACUCACGCUGGGACAUGCUGACCACAGGCUCCCAGGCAGCCGAGCCCCGCUAGGCCCCACGGAAACCGUGGCUCUGGCUGCGCCUCAACAUGAGCAGCCCACAGCCGGCCGCCCGAGGAGGACUGUCCGAGGUGGAGAUCAUCUCCCAGCAAGGGGACGAGGAGACCAAGAGCGUCGCUGCGGGGCAGCUGGCGAGCUUUGCGUAUCGGGACUUGCCCCUGGGCCCCGUCGACCUCUCCGCGGCGGGCUCGCAGCUCCUGUCAAAUCUGGACGAAGAUUACCAAAGAGAAGGGUCCACCUGGCUGAGGCCGUGCUGCGGGAAGAGGGCGGCCGUGUGGCAGGUAUUUUUGCUCAGUGCCAGUCUCAACAGUGUCCUGGUAGCCUGUGUAAUGUUGGUGGUGACUCUCCUGACCCUGGAGCUGCUAAUAGAUAUAAAGCUCCUCCAGUUUUCCAGCGCCUUCCAGUUCGCCGGCGUCAUUCACUGGAUCAGCCUGGCCAUCCUGUCCGUGUUCUUCUCCGAGACCGUCCUCCGCAUCGUGGUGCUGGGGAUCUGGGACUACAUCGAGAACAAGAUCGAGGUGUUUGACGGGGCCGUGAUCGUCCUGUCCUUGGCCCCGAUGGUGGCGUCCACUGUGGCCAACGGGCCCCGGAGCCCCUGGGACGCCAUCAGCCUCAUCAUCCUGCUCCGCAUCUGGCGGGUGAAGAGGGUCAUCGAUGCGUACGUCCUGCCCGUGAAGGUGGAGCUGGAGCUGGUCAUCCGGCAGUACGAGAAGGCCAAGGUCGUCCAGGACGAGCAGCUGGAGAGGCUGACGCAGAUCUGCCAGGAGCAGGGGUUUGAGAUCCGGCAGCUGCGGGCGCACCUGGCCCAGCAGGACCUGGACCUGGCCGCGGAGCGGGAGGAGGCGCUGAGGGCGCCACAGGUGCUGCGGCCGCGCAGCCGCUACCACGUGGUGGAGGACACGGCGACUGAGGGCGACGCGGAGCCGCUGCAGCCCUCGCCCGACAGCGGCGUCCCGGAUCCGGCCGUGUGUGUGGUCACCACGGCUGCCAUAGACAUCCACCGGCCCGACGUCUCCUCGGACCUCUUCUCGGUGGACGUGCCCCUGAAGCUCAGCAGCAAGGGCGCCUGGGUGAGCUCCGCCUCCGCCUCCGCCUCCGAGAGCGCGUCCUGCUCCACCGGCAGCUCCGUCACCGGGGCCCAGAGCGACAGCAGCACGGCCCGCGAGCUGUCCUCCGAGCCCCGCCCCGCCCCCCCGCCGCUGUCACCGCCACCCCAGCCGCCCGUGGCGGAGACCACCGUCCAGGACCUGCUGUCCUCCCUGUCAGACGACCCCUGCCCGUCCCAGGGGGCCUGGGACCCAGCCCCCUUUGCCCAGCCCAGCCCCGCGGGCUCCCCCCAGACCAGCCCGGAGCUGGCGCACAGGGUCAGUCUGCUCAACCGCAAGAACCAGGAGGGCUUCCCCGUCCUGCAGCUCAAGCCCACCCUCCACUUCCAGGCCCCCCCGCUGCACCCGUUCUCCUCGUUGGAAUCCAAAGAGCAGACGCUGCACAGGGUCCCGGAAGCCUAGCGCCCCACCGGGCUGGGGUGACGGGCGGACAGCCCGGGGCCCAGAGGCCACCCAGGGCCACACGAGGGACCCAGGAGCCCACCUGGCCGCUCGGGUGCCGCCUGCCUCCAGGGAGGGGACGCCAGGCCAGGAGGACACAUGCCUCAGACCUCACCGCCCAGCGCUGGCGCCCCCUCUGGCUGAUCUGGACGGUGGUGCUUGGCUGGGGUGUUAAACCGUUUUCACCGGAACCAGCCUGUGGCCCAGCCUCUGCCAUCGCCUUCGCCCCCGGCCCCUCGCCCCUUGGGAGCAGCACUGUGAGCGGGGCCCAGCCCCACCCACACCCUCUGUCCAGGCACCUGGGUGGGGCCGGCUCAGACAACCCCUGAGCCCACGUGGCUCCUCAUCCUCUCAUUUCCGCAUGAGCCUUUCUGAGUAUUUUUAAGACGAACCCUAGUUUCCACCCUCACGGACGGAAGGGAUGAGUUUGGAGGUGGGUGGGCGUGUCCUGGGGAGGGACGCCAUUUUGCACACUCAGCUUUGUAAUAAAAGCAGCCGCAACGA